AUGCUGUACAAGGAAAAGACCGAAUACACCACGGCCGACGCCAACUUCCAGCCGCUGCCGAAACACGGGCAUCUUUCCAAGAUGACCCCCGAAUUUGCAGAACUAAAGGACGGGAUCGACCAAAUGUUCAAUCCCAUGUGGGAAAUAACUGACAUGGCCACCCUCCUUAAAGUAGGACGUACCGACCCCGGCACAACCUACGAAGACCGUGGCAUCGUCACCGAGUUUAUCCAGUUCCCCGCCAGCGAUGGCACACUGAUUGAGCUCAAGAUCUAUCGCCAGCCCAAGGUGCAGGAGAAUGCCGCACUCAUUCUUCGACUACACGGCGGAGGCUGGAUGGUCGGUUGCCAUGAGACUGAUGGCGAGGAGAAUGCACAAGCAACGGCAAACCAUAAUGUCGUGGUAGCCAGCGUGAACUACAGGAUGGCCCCUGAAUUUCCCUUUCCCCAGCCACUCUAUGACGCCUACGAUGCUUUGGUUUGGUGCAAAGCCAAUGCUGAGAAGCUUGGUGUCAAUCCCGAGAGAAUUAUCUUGGCUGGAGGAAGUGCAGGUGCCAAUCUGACUGCGGCACUCGCUUUACUGGCCAGAGACAACGGAAUUACUGGAAUUCUUGCCCAGAUCCUUCAUUUCCCCAUCAUCUGCCACCCAAAGUUCUUCCCCAGGGACAAGUACGAGUUCGGAAGUUAUAUGCAAAAUGCCAACGCCAGCGUCCUCGACGCUAUCAAGAUGGAAAUGGCGCUGGACACGUACAUCCCGGACGCGAAGCCUGAUUUUCGCCAUUCGCCGAUUCUUGCUGAAUCCCACAAGGGUCUCCCUCCUCUCUUAUUGCAAUGUGCGGGUCUUGACCCUCUUCGCGAUGAAGCCAUCGCCUACGCCGAAGUCGUCCAGGAAGCGGGCGUUGAAGUCGAGCACUAUGCUUACCAAGGCCUGCCGCAUCAUUUUCACACAGUUGUGCCGACUGUUCCAGAGUGCAAGCCUUUCUAUGCCCGCUAUCACGCAUUUCUGACCAAGAUCCUCCAAUAA